ACUUGUCGAUAUCAUCACUACCACGAACCGGAGUGCUCGCGUAGGGUUAGCAAUGGCGUUUCAUCUCAUCUUCCUCUUAGCCAUCACCUUCUGGGCUUCGCUGACCUCGCCGUCCCUGUCACUCACAUGCUCCUCCCAGAAACUUACCUCCGCAGCCGGAAAAUCUCCGUACGCGUCUUGCCUCGACCUCCCGGUGCUCGAUUCGUACCUCCAUUACUCCUACAAUGCCUCCAAUUCCUCUCUCUCCGUCGCCUUCGUCGCUGCUCCGGAGAAAUCCGGAGGUUGGAUCGCUUGGGCGAUCAAUCCGAUGGCGGGUGGAAUGAUCGGAUCUCAGGCCUUCAUCGCCUUCCGAUCUAAAAGCGGUGUCCCCGUCGUGAAGACCUACAACAUAAGCGGUUAUGGCGCCAUCAACGAAGGGAAGCUUUCCUUCGACGCGUGGGAUCUACGCGCCGAGUCGAUAGACGGCGGUGACAAGCUCGCGAUCUUCGCGUCGGUGAAAGUUCCGGCAGGAUCGGAGAAGGUGAACCAGGUGUGGCAGAUCGGCGGGAAGGUCACCAACGGUCAGCCGGAGAAGCACUCGUUUGCUCCACAGAACCUCAACUCGAAAAGCGUGCUGAGAUUCUCCGGUGAAACAGCGUCACCGAGCCCGGCUCCUUCGCCAACCGCCGGCGGCGGGAGCUCAGCCGGAGAGAAAGCGGCAGGAAACACAGGGUCGAGGAAGACGAGCGUAACUAUGAGGGCUAAUUUGGUAAUUUUGGGUUUACUGGGUAUAUUUAUUUUCUAAAUUCUCCGUCUAUUUAUUUUCUACAAUAAUAGCAGGAGCUCGCUCGUGUAUUUUUUCUACAUUUUCAGAUUUUUUUUAUAAUUAGAUUAUGCAAUUACGGUCCAUUAUUAAUC